AGUUCUAGUUCUUAGGUUCUACACUUCUACUGUACCUGGUAAUUUUUCUUUAUUUUUCUUCAUUUUCAUUGUUUUUGUGCCUUCAUUAUAUUUCCGUGUCUAUAUUUCUAGGUGUUCUUCUUUCUAUCUUGUGUCAAAUUAUUUGUUGUACACUUUUUGUGUUGGAGGUGACAAGGCUUGUUUUCCAAAGUUAUCAAAAUAUGUUUUGUGUUAAUAAUUCCUAUUCAAAAGGGUAGUGCGGUAGGUUUGGACUUUCCUUGAUUCAUGAUUACAUGUUCCAUUUGCUAUUUGCUUUUUCUAGAAGGGGAUCAUGCUCCAUGUUUCUAGUUAGUGCUGUUUGCCUUUCAGCUUCUUUGUAAGGCUUUAUAAGCCAUCUGUUUUCCUUGAAUUUCAAUGAGUGAGAUUGCAGUACAUUUUCUUCACUGAUUUAUUGAGUUUCAACAUUUGGUUAAUGGGUUUCAUGGGCAAUGAUAUGAGUUGUAGUUAUGUAUGUUACUAAUGAUGUGCGUCUUGUUCUGGGUUUUACGUCUGUGAUGAUUGUGAAGAUCUAUUCGAAUGUUCUAGCCGUUUUGUUUGUGUUUAAUGUAACUUGAUAUUCUGGGUAGUUGAUCCACUUUCUAUUGCACAGGUGUUGAUUCUUUUUUUUUUUUUUUCUGGGGAGAAAUUAUUGGAAGCUAGGCAUUAUGGUUACAUUGAAAACACCUGAAAAAGAAAAUGGGUUUCGCCCCAAUUUUAAGAGGCCUAGAGGUUAUACAGUUCGAGAUUUCCCUGAAGGUUGUGGACGAUUUGUGGCUCCAGUGCAGCCAAGUGAAUGUGAAGAGGGUGAUGAAGAUAUGAACACAUUAGCAAGGAACAAUUGCUCCCUGCCUAGUCCUCGAGUUGAUCUUGAUGUUGUUCGAGAUUUUCCUAAAGGUUGUGGGCCGACGGUAGUUUCUUCUUUGAAAGAUGCUGAAGAGAAGAGUUUGGUUCCAGACGUUAAAGAAUGCGAGCAGCGUGUUGUUGGUCACAAGUUGAGUGUUGCAAGUGUGGUUGAUAAAGCUCAUAACAAGGUGAAGAAAGCUUUGGCUGCAUAUCAAGAGACUUUGAGUGAGAUGGGUGGAGAAUGCGAUGCUAAUUUCAACAGACUAAAGGGUUGGAAAUUGUAUGUUGAAGCAGCAAUGUAUCUUAAGAAGAGACAUAAAUGGGUUAACAACACAAAGAAACAAACAGGGGACAUUCCAGGAGUGAAGGUUGGUGACAAGUUUCGGUAUAGACCUGAAUUAGCUAUUGUUGGUCUUCAUAGUCACUUUCAAUGCGGUAUUGAUUAUAUGACACAGGACGGGGAAAUGAUUGCCACAAGUAUUGUUGAAUCUGGCCGCUAUGCGAACGAGACAGAAUCACCUGAUGUCAUGAUAUACACAGGUCAAGGUGGAAAUCCAAAGGUUUCAAAAGGGGAACCAAUAGAUCAAAAGCCCGACCGUGGAAACCGUGCACUGAUGAAUAGCAAGGCAGCAGGAAAUCCUGUGAGGGUAAUCCGGAGCUAUAAAUUUCGGGAGGAAUCUGGUUAUGUUUAUGAUGGUCUCUACAUUGUUGAUGAUUUUUGGCGAGAAAGAGGGGUUUAUGGUAAAUUUGUGUUUAGAUUUUCGUUGAGGAGGAUUUCGGGUCAACCAAAACUCACAGUUUGCAACAGUUAAGAUGGUGAUGGUGAUGCCAAGAUGAAGAAUUGUUGUUGCUGCUGAUAUAGUGUGUAGGAGGAUGUUUUGAUGAAGGUUAGUGGAAGGAAUAUAUAUGAGUACAAAUUGUUGUUGUAGCUCAUUCAGAAUCAAGUCAAACUCUUUCAAGUGAGUAUAGAAGUAGACUACCUACUUUUGGACUGGGGAUGUAUGUAUGUGGUACCAGGAGCUUGAAUAUAGAAGUAGACUACCUACUUUUAGACUGGGAUAUAUGUAUAUAGUACCAGGAGCUUAGUAUAAAACACUCUGAUAGGUGUUUGUUGCUCUCUUUUGAACCAAACUAGCUGGUUAAUCUCAGUUGAAACAGAGCAAGACUUUGACAAGUUUCCAUUGUUA